UGGGUUUCCUGUAUCUUGAGCGGACGCAAUCAUCUUGAUUUUCUUUAGUUUUUCCAAGGUUCCUUCCACACCUAGAUCGAACGAAAUAAUGGCAACAAAUAUUUAUUCAGUCGGACUUCUUUUCGUGCUCGCCGCUCGAAGCAGCUUUCAAGACUCAGUUGAUUACAGAGGUAAAGAGUUCGUCUUGAGCUUCUCGCCUCAACAUCCGAGGCAUCCUUUUUCUGGAAACAAUAUACUAUACAUAUCCAGCUUUGAAGAUGGCACGGUUCGUGUCCACGUGCCUUCUCUCACGAACUUUCCAGAGAAGUCGUACGCCUUGUCAGCUGGAGGUUUAACAAUAGUUCAACUGUCUGGGAAUACACGCACGAAUGGCAAUUCAGGACUGGAGAAAAAAAAAGGUAUCCGAAUCACGGCCGAUAAACCCAUGUCUGUGCAGGGAUUAGCAAAUGCGGCCCAAAAAGUGGAAGGGUUUCUUGGGUUGCCUGUGGAUGCUCUUGGUAUGUUUUACAUAGCAGCAGCAUAUCACCCCGUGAUCAAUGCUGUUAUUCAGGUCGUAGCGACAGAGGAUAACACCACUGUCACGAUUACAUUGCGAACGAGCGGUAGAGUACAGUAUCAGGAUAAGUGGUAUGGAGACCGUCAGGUCAUAAGCGAAACUUUAAAUGAUUUAGACGUGUUUCAAGUUCUGGCUGAUCAGGAUCUCACAGGCACCAUUAUAGAGUCGACAAAGCCAGUUGCAGUAUUUACUGGGGAUGACUGCACCAUGGUGCCUGAAAAUAAACAACCAUGCAAUCACCUCGUGGAGCAGAUGCCCCCUGUAUCCCUCUGGGGGAAAUUUUUUGUUACCAACCCCACGCCUAACAACCCGGGGGGAGACGAAUUUCAUAUAAUAGCGUCUCAAAAUACAGCAGUUUAUGUGGAUUCUCAAUACAAAGUGACGUUAGACAAAGGAGAGAAAUAUAAGAUCGAUGUAUCAUGGAACAAGUCCUCGGUGAUCAGAACUACUCAACCGAGUCUUGUGAUGCAAUACUCCAAAGCAGGAAAAAGCCCUUCCAUGAAUGUAGUACCUCCGGAGCAGUAUUUCACUAACGACUACACAGUUUAUGUUCCUCAAGAUGAUCAAGGAAACACUUUUGACUGCUAUGUAAAUGUCGUUAUUGAAACUACUUCACGAAGCGGUCUUCGCGUGAAGGGUGCAGACAGCAUUGUCAAGAACUGGACCGUAAUUCCUGGCUCUGGAGGGUACUCAAGAGCUUCGAUUCAUUUGACCAGUGAUGGUUCCUAUCAUGUGUACCAUGAAAACCCGCUGACAACAUUUUCUGCAGUUUUUUACGGAACGAAUCGCAAUGGAAUGUUGUUUGCUAUACCGGCUGGGAUGGAACUGCAACUGCAGUCACUGAACCGUACUUGUAAGCUAACAAACACUGUGGGCGGAGACAACAUUGAUAAUGAUUGCGAUGGUCGCACUGAUGAAGAAUUAAAGAAUGGAGUUGACGAUGAUAAAGAUGGUAGGGUUGAUGAAGACUUAGUCACGCCAGUGCCUACAUUAACCACGCCCAAAAAUUUCGUGACAACCUUAUGCAAUAGAUCAUCUGGUGUGUUCAAUACAGGUACUGCAUCGGGCUCAGCUCACGGCGUAUGUAGGGCUCGUGGGGAAGCUAAAAUCUCACACUUGGAUAAUAUUGUGAAAAACAGGGCGUGUGGGCGCAUAACCGACCGAGAGUGGAUUAUUACAGAUUCUUGUGGUAAUUCUGUCACGGGCAUCCAGCGUGUAACGAUAGAUACCCCAGAGGAGCCGACCAUAGUCUUUCCGAAAGAUAUCGUCUUCACCUGUAGGGAGAAGAAGUAUCUUGAUCCAAAGUUUUCUGGACAGGUCUCAUUGACUAGUGCUAAAAAAUUGUGUCCGAGGAAUGUGACAAUAACCUACGUUGAGGUUGAGAAGAUCCACUAACUAUGUCGUGUCAUUCAAAAUAACGAACGAGAUGUUUUCGGCCCAACUUCAAGAUAUGGAAUCUCCUACCUUCAAAUCCCUCUCAAGAGGUUUGGAACUUGAGCUGGAAAAGACAUUUAUGGGGUCGAAAUCAAUACUUGGACAAUCCUUUGUAGCAGCUACCGUUCUUGAUUUCAGCAAUGGUAGUGUUAUUCCAAGAGUGCUCAUUAAAAUCGAUGCACAAACUCAAAUUAGUCAGCGGCAGUUGGUCGAAUUCAUGAAUGAAACUCUAAAAAGUGGCAUGCUGGGAAAAUACCAGGCGGACCCCACAUCAAUUGAGUCGACAGACUUUGACGAAUGCCAAGCUCCCGAUCUCAACAAUUGUCACGAAAAAGCUAAAUGUACUAACACUGUAGGUUCAUAUAACUGCUCUUGCCUGAAAGGAUUCGUUGGGGAUGGUGUCCUUUGUCAAGCACCACCUUCAAUCAGCUACAUUGAUCCAGCAAUGGAAAUUGGCACCGAAGAAAACGUGACACUUGCUUGUCACGCUGAAGGUCUUCCAGAACCAAAUAUCACUUGGGUAACACCAGACGAACAAUUGGUGACAGCAGCAAGUGAUAUUUUAGAAACAUCAAACCUUGACGAUGGUAGCAAAUAUGUACGAGGCAAAAAAAUGCAACAAGAUAGUUCGCUAUUGAUUUACAACACCCGUGAUAACGAUGGCGGUAUUUACAAAUGCAUCGCUGAGAAUGGCGUGGGAAGGGAUGUCAAAAGUGUCAACGUCACAGUGAGAGAUGACCUCGUGGGAGUCGAUGCCGCCAUUACCAUUGAGGAUCAAGUAUUUGAUCAAGAUUUGGAAAAUAAAUCUUCUACGAGAUACCAGACAUUAGAGCAGCAAGUGAAGCAAGAGGUAAGUCUGUGAACCUACAGUAAGGAGAAUUACUGGUUUGAACUUUGGACGUUACUUCGUUACAGGAAUGGCAGCGUGAAAGUACGUUUCCGUGUUGUUGUGAUUGUGAAACCUGAGGAAAAAAAGACAACGGUUGUUGCUAACAAAGUUGGUAAAACUCUCAGUGCCAGUGUGCAAACUGGUCAGAUAGGCAGUCUUAAAGUGAAGAAAAAGGUUGAGUUACGAGAACUUCCUCCACCACCCGAAAAUGUUCGAGCGAGUGAUGUUGAACGAACUGAAGCCGUCAUAACCUGGUCGCAUCCCGAACUUUAUCAAAUGUACUCUAUUAAUGGAUACUCGCUACAAAUCAGACAAUUUGGAACAAACACGUGGCUCCAUUUUACAUCCACUCCGGGCGAAAACCACAGGAUAACCAACCUCGAUCCCGAUACUGCUUACUUCGUGAGGUUGAAAUCAAAAAACGAGUACGGUAUGGGGGAACCGAGUACUAAUGGAGAACUCAAAACUAAAAAAGGAAAAAAUGUCGCCGAAUUAGUAUUACCCAUUGUGAUCUCGUUGUUACUGAUUAUAAUACUGGCAAUUGUGGUAGUAAUUGUCUACAGAAGAUGGAAAAAGAAACGACAAAACUCAGGAUAUUUAAACGAUGGAGAACAAGUACCAAUGAAUCCUGUAACACUAGAUACGCAAAAUCAUUCUGAAGCUGAGAAUGGACGAUUUACGACUUCCACUUUUGGUAGAGAUCGCUAUGCUCUCGUCCCUGGUGGAGAACCGAACAACACAAGCACACCAAUCGAUAUCCAAGCCUCGUUUUCAUGGCGUGAAAUACCACGUGACCGUAUCAUUCUUGGCAAAAUUCUUGGAGAAGGCGAGUUUGGAACAGUGGUAAAAGGAGAGUUGACUGAAGAUGACGGGAAUGUUAUAACAUGUGCUGUCAAAAAGUUAAAACGUACUGCCACAGAAAGUGACCUCAAAGAUUUGUUGAAUGAAUUGGAAAUUAUGACGUCAGUAGGAAACCACCCCAAUUUGGUUAAUCUUAUCGGCGCAUGCUCAGUUGCAGGACCUUUGUUGGUUGUCGUAGAAUUUGCCGAACACGGGAACCUGUUACGUCAUCUUCGGGAUCGCCGAAAGCAAAAUUACGAUGACAUGAACGAGUAUACUUUAGAGAUAAGCUUCACGGAAAGACUGAGGAUAGCGUGCGAAGUGAGCGACGGGAUGAAACAUCUUGCUGCUAUGAAGUGUGCACACAGGGAUCUGGCGGCGAGAAAUGUUCUCCUUGGAGAAGGAAUGGUGGCCAAAGUGUCGGAUUUUGGUCUCUCACGUGACAUCUACACGGACAAUGUGUAUGAGAAGAAAACCGGGGGGAAACUUCCAGCUAAAUGGAUGGCGGUUGAAUCACUGGAGCAAGGAAUUUACACUAGUCAAAGUGACGUAUGGUCAUUUGGUGUCCUACUAUGGGAAAUUGAAACUGGAGGUUGUGCUCCGUAUGCUGGUGUGGCCUCGAGCGAACUGCUGCCGAAGCUUAAAGCGGGUCAUCGUUUGGAUAAACCCCGUUAUUGCACUGACUGGCUAUAUGCAAUAAUGCUUCGUUGCUGGAAUGCAAAUCCUAAGGCGAGGCCAAAGUUUGAGGACCUGAGUGAUGAACUUCACCGAAUGCUCAAUCAACAAUCAGAUUAUUUGACCCCAGAGGAUUACAAAGGUGAAUCAAGUUAUGUGAACACUUCAAGAGAAAACAUAUCGGCUUAACUCAGUCUUCUCUGGAAGUGGAGGCUCCGACGCGUGAAAUUUUGUACAGAGUUUAGCAGUGUACUAAUCCUAAUUUGAAAUCAUCUCUAGGGCAUUGAUAGAAUGGCUAUUUUAUUCUCAGGCUCUAGAAGCUGAUUUAUUUUUAAACAUGUUACUAUGGUUCACGAUGCAAUGAUGUCGGUGAAAUACGCAGCCUUUUUUUUACUGAAGGUCGUUGCUUUUCUUGAAUCUGUGGACUAUGAGUUGAGGAAUUUAGGGUAGGAUUCUUAAUAUUUGUCCUGUAAGUUUUAACUUCGUAAACCUCAUCCUGAGCAGUUUUGAGUUGUUUCUAUGUAUGAAACGAGCUCACUUUGGUGUGCUCUUGUAAUCUGACCCAACUACCUUCACAAAUGUGUUAGUUUUUUUUGUCACACGGUAGUCCAUUGUAAAAUUGCAUGCCUGGUUGCUAAGCCUUUGAACAAGAAUGAGGCCAAGAUUGACCUUGUUAUGAUACAAACCUUGCUGCUUUUCAGAUGUAAAUUACUUUGUUAUCAUGCUAACUAGAUAUUGGUCUCUAUUACAACAAGGUCAUCUUCAGCCUCACUUCAAAUCAAAGGCUUGGCAACUAAGUACAGAACUGUAAAAUGGCGUAUUAGAGCAAAGGAAUCAUCAUAGGGGUUUGACUUUGCAUCUGAUUGGUUAAGAAGGUAAUACGAGUUUUCUAGGUCAAUCAAAGACAGAAAUAGUUAAACCAAUACAAUUUCCAAUUUUUUUCGAUACUAAUAUGAAUAUUUCUGUCUCAAUUAUAAUUACUCUGGUGUCUCGUUCCUAAUAACUAACCAGGGAAUUUUCAAAUGUUAGUAAUAAGUUAGAGAAAGCAAACAAAUUUCGUAGAGUACGACAUCAAUAUCGAAAUCAGUUUGAUAUUGAGUUACAAAUCUUUUUCUAGCAAUGACAGAAUACCGGUAAAUCACAAGAUCACUUUGUUUACUUCUUUGACUGAUACAGCGAAAGGAACAGUUCAAAGAAAAUAUGCUUGUGACUUCAACAGUUCAGUUUUAGUAAUUCAGUAAUUAUUUACUACGAAGUAUAGAAGUUAUAUUCGAAUAUAAGCAAAUUAAUUUGAAAGAACAUACGUAUUGAGCUGUAGAGCAUAGCUUUUUUUCGAACAAUUGUAAAUAAAAUUAGAAAAUGAAGGAA